GUGUCGUUGCCAUGGCGACGGGCGCAGCCACGCGGGCCCGGGCCAGGAGUGCCGCUCACGGCCUGGAAAUGAAGUGGGGAACGGGGCCGUUCGCGGCCGCCGCUGCGGGGAGAAGAUGAAUAUCUGCAAUAAACCUCCUAAUAAGGUAGCUCCAGAGAACUUGGGAGAAGCUUUUCCUGAGGUGCAGGUCCAACGCGCUCGAAGGAAUGGCUGGAGCUGGCCUCUGCACCAUUUCCAAAUUACUGCUUGGUUGCUGUGCAUCUUCUUUGCACUCGUUGGCUUUGGAAUCCUGGUUCCCCUACUGCCUCACCAUUGGCUGUGUGCUGGCUAUAUCGAGUCUGUAUGGACUAAUAAACAUGGACCUGUGCCAGAAGUCUGCAUGAGGGAUCAGAUUCCGGUGAGUAAAGUUGUUCAUCUUACUUCAGUCUCCAUUGACCCCGCGGAUGCAAAUGUGCGAGAAAAAAACUAUUUAGGGCCUCUGGCCACCUUCAAUCGUAAUCAACAUGCACAUGUCAUUGAAAACCAUCAUUGCCAUAUCUGUGACGUAGAUGUGAGUGCCAAGUCAAAGCACUGUGGAACUUGCAACAAGUGUGUGUAUGGCUUUGAUCACCACUGCAAAUGGCUCAACAACUGUGUGGGAAAGAGGAAUUACUGGUUCUUUUUGAAUAGUGUGCUGUCUGCCAUUCUGGGCGUUGGGCUUCUGCUGCUUGUCGCUUGCUACGUCUUUGUGGAGUUCUUCGUUGACCCCAUGAUGCUUCGCUCUGACUGGCACUUUGAUGCUCUGAAGAACAACACGGACCGCUGGUUUGUGUUUCUUCCUGCGGCUCCUGUUGAAACUCAGGCAUCUGCCCUUUUGGUCACAGCUGGGGUUUUUAUUCUUCUGAGCCUGGUCACUGUGAUCCUGCUAGGCCACCUAUUGACCUUUCACAUCUAUCUGAUGCGAAACAAAUUGACUACGUACGAGUACAUCCUGCAGCAGCGUAGCCAGCAAGAGGCAAAAGAGGUAGACAAGCAUCAGGACUCUUGUCCCUCUCAGAACGUAGACUUUCUUUCAGGUGGCCCUGGCUAUACAGACCGUGGUAUUCAAGUAGAGUUCUCAACUGUAACUUCAGGAAAAGUCUUUUCAAAGCUCUAUGCCCACAAUGAUGAAGCUGAUCCUGAGCAGAGCACCUCCCCUGACGUCCUGUCUCUUUACUUUGAGGUCGCUUCUCAGCAACAGAAAAAGAGAAGAAAGAAGAUGCUUGCAGCUUUUCCCUCAGGAAUGGACAAUGGAUCUAAACCACACGCUAGAUCUUGGCCCUCUUUCCCAGAUCCUCAGUCAGAGGUCCCAGCCACUGCUGCUGCCACCUCACCUUCCCACGGCUUUCGCCUCCUAGUGCCAACUUUUCCUCCGAGAGCUGCCAUACCCCACAGCAGCAUCGGCCUCAUCCAGGCAGCAGGACCCCCAGCUGACUAUCACUCAGAGUCUGCCGAGUCCAUGGAUGAGAUUCCUGUAGCUCAGACUCGCCUUGGGAGCACAGCCCAUCGCAGGCCUCCUAAGAAUAACUCAAGCAAUGCUCAACACUAUCCCUUGACCAGAGACAAUCCCAGAGGUAAAAGGAAGAAGAAUCUGUAUCCUGAGCACAAGGUAAAAAGGAAAAGCUGUCGGCAAAACAGACACGUGGGUCGAGACAUGGAACUUUUUCCAAAGACUCCCGCUGUGUUUGUAAGUGAAAGCAGUGGAGAACUUCAUGUCUCUCAGCCCCAGCCCCAUGAGAGCACAUCCGAACCAUAUCACAGAAAAUGCAUCAGCAAACAGCAUGUGGGCAGACGUGAUCCAUAUUUUAAGGACAUAAGGACGAACACCACAGCGGCCUAGGGAUCAGCUUUCUGAAGCCAUAGCCAUUGGGGACAAGGCAAGAGGUUCUCUUUCUAUUUGUAUGUAACUGUUCAAAUAUCUUGACUCCAGUGACUCACUGUUUUCCCUGGAGUUAGCAGCGUCCCUUUACCUGAUGCUGUCCAUCUUCCAGCAGAACUGAGAGGCAGUAAAACCCCUGCUGCAUCAUUGUUUUUGGCUGCUACCUCUUCCUAAACCAGGAGUGCCCCUAUGCCCAGUUCCACUCUCCUUGUAAAGUGGAAACAGUCUCCCCUGACAGGGAUGUGCGUAGGGCUGCCGCUGAUUAAGGACUGCAGCGUUAGCACUCUGUAGAGUGCUGACCCCCUGCACUGUGUGUUUGCCAUCAGGUUGCAGUGAAACAUUUCUCAUACGCGGCUAAAGGCAAGAGGCAAUAAAGGUGGCAAACCCGAGGUAGGCAUCUUGCUAGAGAGAAAUAAGAGUGCUUUGCAUAGGAAAGGGCUGUGCCCUCCUGGCCCUCAGCACACUAGUACUGCAGUCGAGGAGAACAAGGCUGCAUCUUUGCUGUUCCCUGUUCCCUGAAAACUAAAGUUCCCAUCUGCCUACACCGUGUCAGUCUUUAGAUCAUGUCCAAGGGCUUCUGCAGGUGGUCAGGGAGUAACCUCAGGAUUGUCCCAUCCCUAUACUGCUUUUCACUGUGCGCUCUCCAGCCAAGUCCAGCACCAGCAUGUACUCUGUAAGGCAGCAUAAUUUGACCUGCUCCACCUUUCCAGCAGCCUGGGGUGCCCCACAGUGCCGCUUUCUCAUCAGGAACUCUGGGAUACAGCAGGCCCUGAAACCUUUCAGUUUCCUGGGCUGGUACAUCCACAUUACUCCACAGCCAAGCCUCAAAUGUCUAGUGCAGAAAAAUCCUGCAGCACACAUUGAAUGAAGCACGUAGCCAGUUCCUCGAGUCACGGCAGCGUGUGCUGGUGGUGAGAAGCGGAGGGCUGUCUGCGCUGCUGCCUUGGAUUUUCCUGCCCUCUUGGCUUCCCCUGGCAGCAUGCUUUGUUCCAAAUUCCUGGCUGAGCACUGAGACUGGGGCUACUCCCUAGAACAGUUCUUGGGAGAUUCUGUCAAUGCAGUGUAGAUACAAUCACUGACCCUGAGCUUCUUUAAAGGGCUGUCUUGCCAUCCUUCUCUGAUUUUGCCUGAUUUUUUGACUCCUGACAGCUGAAAUGAAGAGCCUUGACUCUUCAUUGUAUUAUGCAAGCCAUCAAUCAGCAAAAAUACAGUCUUAUGCAGUUGAAGUCAUUAAGUCUGAAUUUGCAGGAAGGGUUUGCCUGUGGUCACGCUCCUUGCAGCUUCCCUUGCUGCUGUGGCCAGUGAUAGCCGCUGGCAGUAUGACCCUUUGGAAAAGCAGGCACGUGUAGGACCAACCCUUGUGGACCAGCAGACCGGUGGCCUGUGGACCACUGCUUGUCUGCAGAGACCAGCACGUCUGCUCACUGAUGGAUCCCGGUUAGAUAAAGCCCUUCCAGUUGGUCCCUCUAAUGUGUGCUGUCAUCCAAGGAACCUACUACACCUUGCAGUGAUGCUGGGCACAGGGUUUUCAAAGGCCAGCUGUCCCUCCACCCAGAAAGCAUUGUUAAUUUCUCUUCAGCAGGUACCUAUGAGCAGAGCUUGUGAGUUUUUCUUAUCCUUUGUCCACACAGAACCAGUCCCAAAAUCUUGUAUGGAGCUUUCUCGUAGCUCUGUCCAUAAUAAACUUUUCUA